CCGUACCACGCGGCGUGGCGCGGGGGGAGAGCAGCCGCUCGGCGCCGCGCGGGCUUUCGGGUGUCUCCGCGCGGCCGGGCCGCACCGGGUCCUAACGCAGCCCCAGCCCCGUCCCGGGCCCCACCGACCCCUUCUUCCCUCCUCCCCGUGCCCGGUGUGUGGGGAGGCGUAGGACCCACUCGGAACGAACCGCUGCCGCGCUCAAUGCCCAGGGUGUUCUGUUGGAAUAUACGUCGCACAUUUAUGGCGAUUCUGAGCGUGAGGGCAGACUUCUGCCAGGCCCAGCACAGCAUCCUGGCGGAUAAGUGAGCGGAGCACAGGGGGUUCUACGUGCCAUAAGUACUUUGCCUUGAAGACUCCAGACGCAGCGGACACACUCAAAUAUAUGGGAUAUCUCCUGCACAUUGGAAGCAUUUUCCUUUUACUGACUCUAGCAAAGCUAAGCAUUAAGAAAACAAAGUGGAGAGAAAAUCUGCCCUUACUUUAUUGCCUCACCAGUGCCUAAAUGUAGAGCAGGCUGCCUAGUCGUGCAUGUAGUCGGGGUUUCUGAGUCUGAAGGAUACCACCUGCAGUAACUGAGGCCGGAGUGGAAUUCAAGUGGAUUCUGAAGCAAACCUGCUUUUCUAGAAGCGAAUUCUUUAAGGAACAAACACAUCAAAGCAAGCUCUGAUCAAUCCCAGGCAUUUUAGUGGUCUUUUUAAUGUUUUCUGCUGUGAAAACUUUCCAAGGUUAUUGAUUUCUUUUCUUAAUUUCAUUUUUUGGCCCCUCACACGUUUUCUUUGCCAUUAUGAACCGUCCAGCCCCCGUCGAAAUUACUUUUGAGAACAUGCGUUUCCUGAUCACUCACAACCCAACCAAUGCGACCCUCAGCAAGUUCAUAGAGGAGCUGAAGAAGUAUGGAGUGACCACCUUGGUGCGAGUCUGUGAUGCCACUUACGAUCAAGCUCCUAUCGAAAAAGAAGGAAUCCAGGUUCUAGACUGGCCCUUUGAUGAUGGAGCUCCACCCCCCAAUCAGAUCGUUGAUGACUGGCUGAACUUGUUGAAAUCCAAAUUCCGUGAGGAGCCUGGAUGCUGCGUUGCUGUUCACUGUGUUGCGGGGUUGGGAAGGGCUCCUGUCUUGGUUGCACUUGCUCUCAUUGAAUGUGGAAUGAAGUACGAAGAUGCAGUUCAGUUUAUAAGGCAGAAAAGGAGGGGAGCUUUCAAUUCCAAGCAGCUGCUUUACCUUGAGAAAUACCGGCCUAAGAUGCGGUUACGCUUCAAAGAUGCCAACGGUCACUGCUGUGUUCAAUAAAAAACAAUAAAUCUCAGACGAAGGCAGACGUGAGCAUGGCUGUUUUC